GCUUGUGUACUGAUUGCCCUUCUUUUUUCAUUUUUCUGUUAAAAUUAAAUCGCCCAAAUCCGUGGACCCAAUCCAUUCAGCAUCAGAAGGCAAAAAAACAAAACUAAUUAGAAAUGGGUAUGAAGAGCAAAUGCUUUUGGUUCUGAAAUUGCUUUCUUCUGCACUUUGGACAAUCCAAAAGAGAGACUUGCUAUUGAUGCACUUGGUGGCUUUCUAUUUCAGUGGUGGUCUGUCUUUUGGGACAUACAUUGCUAGGACAAAUGAGAAUCACUCUGAAGCUGUUGCAUCUUACAUUGAGGUCUAUUUGAAGAAUAAUUACUCUAAAGUUGUUGCAUUCAUUGAAUGGUUAAAAGGAGGUUGUGGAGAAGUCUUCAAGGCUGAAUUGCUAGGAAGCAAUGGAAAGAUGAUUGCCAUAAAGAAGAUUAUUCAACCCUCAAAGGAAGCUACUGAGUUGACUGAAGAAGAUAGCAAGCUUUUGAACAAGAAGAUGGGCCAAAUCCUAUCAGCGAUUGCCAUAGUUGGCCAACUUCAACACAACAAUCUUUUUCCUCGUUUGGUUCAUGUUGGUCGUCUUGCCAAGAUGAAUCCCUUGCCAGGUCCUCUUGCCAAAAUGAAUCCCUUGCCAAGUAGGUUAGGGAAACUAGGGACCUCCCUAAUCCCAUGUACUACAUCAAAGUCAUUGUUCUGGCAACCCAGGAAGAGGCUUUCAUAUGUAUUGACAUUUGAGUCAGAGCGAGAAAGGAAUGCAAUCAUUAUGGUUGCAAGAAAAUAUGCUCUUGAUUGCAAUGAGCUUUGCUUGCUUAGGUCUGGACAACUUGAUGAGAAGCCUCUAUUCCCAUUGCAUCCCUCAAGUGAUGGUCAUUGCUCUUCAUCUCAGAAAACUGUUGUUUCGAGCAUCAAGAGAGGAUUCUCUGAUGCAAUGUAUGGGUUUUCAGAGGUGAAACUACCUUCUGUUAAAUGAUUUGCAUUAGAUUGUAUUUUUUUUAGAGGUUUAACUUGAAAAUCGAAAUUAUGUGUUGCAGGGAAAAAUGCUUUCUAACUAAGAAGUAAAUGUGAUGUUGUCACCUAGGCCAUCUUCGAACUUGGGAUUGAAAUCAAUUUCUAUACUUGAA